UCAAUUGGAGAUAGCUAAGGAAAAGUCAAUAAAAUUGUUGCAUCGCUGGGGAAACAGGAGCAACAAAUGGAAGCAGCACAGGAAGACGGGCUCAGCACCGAUGUAUUGCUGGUCACCGCGAACGUGGGCAGCCUGUUCGAGGAUCCGGACAGACUCCUGCAGCUAUGGCUCCAUGAGUUCCUCGCGAAGGUGUCCCAUCUCCAGCCGCGAUUUCUGGCCCUGCAUCUGCAGGAAGUGGGUGGGAAGACGUACGAAAAGUCCAUGGAGUAUGUCCAGGAGUUCAUCAAAUGCCUGUGCGAUGACCCCGAAAUGGGGGCGUACACCUGCGUGCAUAUCUUCAUGGACGAGGACUUCAAGUCGGCCGAGCAUUUCACGGCGCUGGGAAGUCUCUAUUUUGUCCAUCAAGAUGUUGCUUCAUUAAAGUUAUGGAAUUUCUUAACACACAGCUGGGAAGAAAGUCUUUCUGAUAUCAAAGAUAAGCAUAUAUAUUCCGGAAACAUAGAAACCAUAGCCACCAAAGAGAAAUCGAAGUUCCCACAGCAUUUCUUUCCAGAGUGCAAAUGGUCGCGAAAGGGAUUUAUGCGAACCCGUUGGGAAAUCAAUGGGACUGUUAUCGAUCUAGUCAACAUACACUUAUUCCAUGAUGCAUCCAAUCUGGCUGCCUGUGAAAACUUUCCCUCUGUUUACUGCAAGACCAGGAGAAGAGCUCUAGUUCACACUAUUGAAAGGUUCCAUUUGGACGAACAGAAUGGCACAGUGCCAUUUUUCCUUUUUGGGGAUUUUAAUUUUAGAUGUGACACCGAAGGGGUUGUGAAAGAAUUAACUCAGAACUUGACCGCUCAUCGCGUUCAAAAUAUCAAGAAUGAGAACGAUAAAAUCCAUUAUCGAAACUCAACCGGAGACAAUGUACUUACCGUGGGAAAAAAAGAAUUUAGUCAUGCCGAUCAUCAGCUUAAGUUCAAAGAAGACUGGCUAAAGAAAUUUGACAGAGAGCUGGAGCCGCUUAAGGACGUCCUAGUCGAAUAUCCCAUUCAGUUUAUACCGUCAUAUCCCUUUGAGGAGGAUCCCGAAAUGCCCACCGAUUACAUGUCCACCCGCUGUCCGGCCUGGUGCGAUCGCAUCUUGAUGAGUCCCCAAGUCCAUGAGAUUAUACGAAACGACGAGUGGACAUACGGAAUGAUCGGUGAAGGAGUCUGCAUGGGCGACCACAAGCCUGUUUACUUAACUGUCCGUCUUAAACAAAACAAAGGUACUUAUAGAUCUUGUGAUUGCAACGACACGCAUACUACUUACGCCAAACCCAACGAAAUCUCAACAUCAACACCACCACCUCUGCCCGCAGUCAAACUGAAUUAUUAUUGUCCCUAUUCGAACAAGCUCUUUGAGGAUAUAGCCACCAGUUCCAAGCUGAUCAAUGAAACGGAGGCCCGCAAUAUGUACAAUUCCCUAAAGAUUAGUCAUAACGAGGCUGAGACUGCCGCGGAGGCGACCAAAGCGAAUUGCCCGAAUUUUCCGAAUAUUAGUAUUAACAUAAUUGACUCCGACAAUAUUUGCAUGUGCCUGUGCGCCCAUCUCUCUAGCAAUAAUCUGCAGUUCGACGAUAGUAACAAUCGAACUGGCGAGGCCAUCUGUCCCAUGUGCCGAAACAUAAUCAAAAGGCAACCGGUCGCGCAUCGAUACAAGCUGUUAUCCAAGCGCCUAAUGCUGACGCAGGAGAUCAUUAUUAACCGAAUAGACACACAGCAUCUUAGCACGGACUCUGAGCGGCUGUAUGAAGACCCGUACACGCCAGAGAGCACAGAGUCGCACUCGCCGUAUCCGGAGGUCACGAGCUCGUGCACCUCCACCUCGAGCAGUUCACGGAGUCCAUUCGACCGUAGGCUUAUGCCACAUGAUAGAAUUUCGGAAAGUAAAGUGGGGGAAUCUGAGGAGGCCACCUCACCGCCUGGCUUAGAGACGGGUGAUACCGAAAUCAGGGAGAAGUCCUCCCGGGGCACCGUAACUCCUGGCCAGCUAAAGUCCCGGCUAGAGACACUAAAGCGCUUGUCCAUCAAAGACGAGAACGACGACAGAGAUAAUGAUGAUGAUGAUGAUGAUGAGGCGGGAAGAGCGGGUGAUGUUGAUCGAGUUGAAACUCCAAACGCUGCUACGGCUCCAACGCGCAGCUCCAAACGCAAUUCUAGUGUUAUUCCUAUGUGUUGUACCAUUCACUAAUUCCAGUUUGUUGUUAUUUUGAUUUAUAUUUUGUUUUUAAGUAUUAAGUAUUUUAAGACUUGCAUUAUUUUAUAUAAUUUACUAUAGACGAAAAAUUCCCGUCUAUCUGCAUGCACACAAAGGGCGCGCGUAUUUACCAAAAACUUUGCUAGCCAAUUUAAAAAUAUUUUUUUUUUAUAACGCGCCUUGCUUUUAUUUAUAAAAUUAUUUUAUAAAUGAAUAUCGUCUAAUCUCUGCAUCCCUUUUAAGUGCAAUUAUUUUACAAAAUCAACUGGCAAAAACAUUAAUAUAAUGUUAAGUUGAUCUUAUCUUUAGUUUAUAAAUGUAAACUGUUGUUGUGUAAAUAGAUUAUAAGUACCCGAAUCUUAUGUUGGCAGUUUAAAUACGUACUAUAUGCUUUUUAAAAGUAUAAAUUGUAGCUGCAAUCAUUUUAAAAAUCUUAAGUUUACUUUUGUUCCUUUAUGUCGUAGC